UGUGUAUGCCAUACUACAUCGAUAAAACUCAAUUUUAAAAGGAUUUGAAAAUGUUCUAUUUUCUCCAUAGUAUGCGCGGUGGUAAUGGCCAAUCCGAGGCGGCCAGACGGUUCUCUGAUGGCAGGUUCCGUAAGAGCAAUUACAGGAUUCUUGUCGAGGGUCUUAGUUCUAAAACUUCGUGGCAGGAUCUCAAGGAUUUCAUGAGUAAGGCCGGAGACGUGGUCUACACCAGUGUCAAGAGGCCCAAGGCCGGCGAAGGACUUGUUGAGUUUCGUGACAGAGAAUCUAUGGAAUACGCACUCAAAGAGCUUGAUGAUAAGAAGUUGGAUGGAAACUAUAUCCGGGUGAUGGAGGAGCGUAGGAGUUCCUCAAGGAGCAGGAGCAGGUCUAGAAGCAGGAGCCGUAGGAGGAAGAGCCGAAGCAGGAGCAGGGGAUCCAGGAGCAGGAGCCGAAGCAGGAGAAGUAGGAGUAACAGCAGGAGGAGCAGGAGUAAAUCCUCAUCCAGGAAAUCAAGGCCGGAAAAGAAGGCCGAAUCUAAACCUGAAAAGGCCUCUUCAAAGGCUGACAGCAGGUCUCGUUCCCGAUAGGUGUACAACACUGUACAGCACACAGUACUGAUACAUGGUGCACUGUACACUGUACAGCACAGUACAGAUACAUGGUGCA